UUGCCGUUAUCAUUUGUGCUGCCGGCAUAAUCCGAGCUAGUCAAGAACACUGCGAAAGGCAGCGAACACAUGUGAUUUCCCGUGCUGCAUAAAGGUCAUCUAGUCCAUUGAAGUUGACGAAGGGAAAACUACAGGAUCGUAGCAAAAUCUUUACGAAAGAAAGAUGGUUUUUUUGACUUUAUCUUGCUGGAUCCGCAAUCGUGGACCUGAUCGAUAUUGGAAGGUUCAAGAAGUUCUCAGUAAUGCACGGCACUUCAGAGGUAGAAAGAACAGAUGCUACAGCCUGGCAGUGAGGGCAGUACGAAGGGCCUUUGUAUAUGCUACUAAGGCUCGCAAAAUAAAACGACGUAACAUGCGUACGUUGUGGAUCUCACGCAUCGCGGCAGCAUCACGGGAGCACGGCAUGAAGUAUCCCGCCCUUAUGCACAACCUGGUGAAGAGUAGUGUUGAGGUGAAUCGACGUGUUCUGAGCGACCUUGCCAUCACAGAACCUAAGUCAUUCCUGUCUCUUGCAAAGCUGGCCAGGGCGAGGCAACAGGAGGGAUUCGGUGCAGCGCUGGGCGACGGCAAAGAACCUCCUGGUGUCUUCUCACGCAUUGUCACACUACAGUGAUCUUGCCACCUCCUCCAUAGGCAAUUGCAAUGGACACCAUACCACCUCUUUGCAAGUGACCCACCCAUCCAAUAACCCAUUUUCCUUACCUGCAAUACGACCAACACGGUUCUGCCCUGCAACCAUUAAUCCCUCUUUGAAUCAUGGCUACUGAAUGGAUACAGACAGAAUCCAGCUCCAAACCACACUUAAUGGGAUGGUAUUCAUAGACGGUUGAGUGGUGGUCGGGGGCCAGAGUUAAAGAGAAAAUACUUGACCUUCAUUUGUAAUGCCUUGUGUCUAUGUAUAUAUGUGUGAUUGUGUAUUUGUCAAUACAUGUGGAAAAUGAUUGUCUAGUAAAUAAAACAUUUUUAUCUA